CACACCGGAAACACUUCACUGCAACACUGCCGAUAUUCGUCGUCAUUCAUCUUGUGUCACCGAAACAGAGAAGAGGGAGGACAGCACCGUGUUCAAGGGUCCUGUCAUGGAGCUGGCUCACAGCCUGCUGCUCAAUGAAGAUGCUUUGGCUCAGAUCACUGAAGCAAAGAGGCCGGUCUUCAUCUUCGAGUGGCUUCGCUUCUUAGAUAAAGUGCUUGUGGCUGCUAAUAAGGUGGAUGUGAAGGAGAAGCAGAAGAAGCUGGUGGAACAGCUGACAGGACUAAUAAGCAGUGCACCGGGGCCACCAACCAGAAAACUGCUGGCUAAAAAUCUAGCUACUCUCUACAGCAUUGGUGACACCUUCACCGUUUUCCAAACGUUGGAUAAAUGCAAUGAAAUCAUUAAAAGCAAAGAUGACACACCCACAUACUUGCCAACAAAACUUGCUGCAGUGGCAUGUGUUGGAGCUUUUUAUGAGAAGAUGGGCCGGAUGCUGGGGAGCUCCUUUCCUGACACCAUUAAUAAUCUUCUGAAGGCACUAAAGAGCGCAGAGUCCCAAGGCAGAGCGGAGAUCCUUCUCAGCCUGCAGAAAGUGCUGAGUGGACUGGGUGGAGCUGCAGCUUCGUGUCACAGAGAUAUCUACAAGAAUGCCCGCUCUCUACUCACAGACAGGUCCAUGGCAGUCCGCUGCGCUGUAGCAAAGUGCCUGUUGGAGCUGCAGAAUGAGGCCGUAUUCAUGUGGACCACAGAACUUGAGAACAUGGCCACUUUGUGUUUCAAAGCCUUGGAAGGGUCCAACUAUGGUGUUCGGGUUGUAGUGGCUAAACUGCUGGGGACAGUCAUGGCCACUGCACUGAUGCCUAAACAAGCUGCUGUGAUGCGUCAGAAUGUGAAGCGGGCCACACUGGAGGAGGUGCUGGAGCUGAUGGCCACAGGCUUUUUACGUGGUGGAUCUGGCUUCCUGAAGAGCGGAGGGGAGAUGCUGAAGGGCGGGGGCUCUGUCAGCAGGGAGGUGCGAGUGGGUGUCACACAGGCUUACGUUGUGUUUGUGACAACACUCGGUGGUCAGUGGCUGGAGCGCAACUUUGCUACGUUCUUGUCCCACGUUUUGGACCUAGUGUCUCAUCCACGGGCCACACAGACACAUGUUGAGGCUGUGUACUCACGCCGCUGUGUCUCCUUCAUGCUGCGCGCUACCCUGGGGGGCUUACUUGGAGAGAAAGCGCAAAUUGCAGCUGGCAAAGAAAUCUGCCAAGCCAUCAGCAAGCAAAUGAGGGCUGUGGGUAAGGAGGAUGGGGGGGAAAUAUCACGGUUCAGAGCAUUACAGAAAGCUGUAGUGAAUGAUAUCAGUGGUGAGAAUAAGGCGGGGGCGGCCGACGUCUCUGCCAGUCAGCACGUUAUGGUUUGUGCCCUCAAAGAGCUCGGAAGUUUAGUUCAGAGCUUGAGUGCCACCGCUUCCCCUCUCAUCCAGGAGCCAUCUGUUGGACUUCUUGAAACCGUAACCUCAGUGCUGCUGCACCCAAGCAUGGCAGCACGUUUGGCGGCUGCUUGGUGCCUGCGCUGCGUUGCGGUAGCGCUGCCCUAUCAGCUGUCUCCACUGCUUGAACGCUGUGCAGAGAGAAUCAACAACCUGAAAAGCUCACCUGAGGCUGUAAGCGGCUACAGCUUUGCAAUGGCAGCUCUGCUAGGUGGAGUGCACCAGUGUCCCCUGGGUAUCCCUCACUCUAAAGGCAAGUUGGUGGUGAGCAUAGCUGAAGAUCUCCUGCGUACAGCUGCUCAGAAUAGCCGGCUCUCGCUGCAGCGCACGCAAGCUGGAUGGCUGCUGCUGGGGGCCCUCAUGACACUGGGUUCCUCCCUGGUGCGGUACCAUCUCCCUAAAAUGCUGCUGCUGUGGAGGAACGUGUUUCCUCGCUCCCAGAAGGAGCUGGAGGCAGAAAAGGCCAGAGGAGAUUCCUUCACAUGGCAGGUCACCCUGGAGGGCCGAGCCGGAGCACUGUGUGCCAUGCGUAGCUUUGUGGCUCACUGUCCCGAGCUUCUCACAGAAGAUGUGAUCCGCAGGCUCAUGACUCCCAUUGAAUGUGCCAUGACCAUGAUGUCUCAUGUCCCUGCCAUUAUUAAAGUCCAUGGCGCUCACCUAAAAGCAAGUGCAGCAAUGGUGAGGCUCAGGUUGUACGACAUCUUGGCUCUGUUGCCUCCUAAGACUUAUGAAGGCAGUUUCAAUGCUCUUCUAAGGGAGCUGGUGGCAGAGUUUACUUUGACUGACAACUCAGCCAACACCACCACCUCUUUGCUGCGGUCUCUGUGUCACUAUGAUGACAGCGUGCUCAUGGGCUCCUGGUUACAGGAAACGGACCACAAGUCCAUCGAGGAUCAACUGCAGCCCAACAGCGCAUCUGGCAGCGGCGCUCUGGAGCACGAUCCCUCAUCAAUUUAUCUGCGUGUUCCUGUUGGUGAGGCCAUCCCAGGACCUCUACCUUUGGGUGUGUCGGUCAUAGAUGCUUCAGUCGCCCUGUUUGGCGUGGUUUUCCCUCACGUCUCCUUUAAACACAGGUUGCAGAUGCUAGACCACUUUGCAGAGUGCAUAAAGCAGGCGAAAGGCGUCCGACAGCAGGCAGUCCAGCUAAACAUCUUUACUGCAGUGCUUAGUGCCCUCAAGGGUUUGGCUGAGAACAAAAGCACUCUGGGCCCAGAGGAGGUGCGUAAGUCGGCCCUGGCCCUGGUGAUGGGAGCUUUGGACAAUCCCAAUCCUAUUCUGCGCUGUGCUGCUGGAGAGGCUCUGGGCAGGAUGGCUCAGGUGGUGGGAGAAGCCACUUUCAUUGCCAGAAUGGCACAGACUAGCUUUGACAAACUGAAGUCAGCCCGUGAUGUAGUUUCAAGGACGGGCCAUUCACUGGCUCUUGGCUGUCUGCAUCGAUAUGUUGGAGGAAUUGGGUCGGGCCAGCACCUAAAGACUAGUGUCAGCAUCCUGUUGGCUCUGGCCCAAGAUGGAUCUUCUCAUGAAGUUCAGACAUGGGCUCUGCACUCCCUGGCUCUUAUUGUGGAUUCCAGCGGCCCCAUGUACAGAGGCUACGUGGAGCCCACACUGUCCCUGGUGCUCACCCUGCUCCUCACCGUGCCCCCGUCUCACACAGAAGUACAUCAGUGUUUGGGACGCUGCCUAGGAGCUCUCAUCACCACUGUAGGACCAGAAUUACAGGGAAAUGGAGCCACUAUUUCCACCAUCCGCUCGUCCUGCCUGGUUGGUUGUGCCAUCAUGCAGGAUCACUCUGACUCCCUCGUCCAGGCAGCUGCCAUUUCAUGUUUGCAGCAGCUGCACAUGUUCGCUCCUCGACAUGUCAACCUGUCCAGUCUCGUGCCCUGUCUCUGUGUCCACCUGUGCAGCUCUCACCUGUUGCUGCGUCGCGCUGCCGUGGCCUGUCUACGGCAGCUCGUCCAGAGAGAAGCCGCGGAGGUCUGUGAGUAUGCCAUGAGUCUGGCAAAGAGAGCAGGAGACAACAAAGACAACACUGCCAUCAAUCUGAACAUCACAGAGACUGGUCUGGAGGGCGUUCUGUUUGGCAUGCUGGAUCGGGAGACAGACAGGAAACUGUGCUCCGACAUACAUGACACACUGGGCCAUAUGCUGUCAUCUCUUGCUGUGGAAAAGCUUUGUCAUUGGCUGAAACUUUGCAAAGAUGUCCUUGCAGCAACUACAGAUGUAGGGGGAGCUGUUACAUUCGAAGUGGAAAAGGAUGAGGAAGACUCUGAGAAAAAAGAUGAGAUGGAUGAUGACACUAUGUUCACAGGCCUGGGAGAAGAUGACAAGUCCAAGCCGUCUGUGGCGCCGCGCUGGGUGACGCGAGUGUUUGCCGCGGACUGUUUGUGUCGCAUCAUUAUGUUAUGUGAGAAUGUAGACAAAGCACACUUUGACCUGGCAGCUGCACGGUCUGCUAAAGCCAAGAAUCCCAAAGGAGAUCUGUUGGUGCUCCAUUUGUCUGACCUCAUCCGCAUGGCCUUCAUGGCAGCCACAGACCACAGCAACCAGCUGAGGAUGGCCGGCCUGCAGGCCCUGGAAGACAUCAUUAAAAAGUUUGCGUCCGUACCGGAGCCUGAGUUCCCUGGCCAUGUCAUCCUGGAACAAUACCAAGCCAAUGUUGGAGCUGCUCUCAGACCUGCAUUUUCACCUGAUACACCAUCUGACAUAACAGCUAAGGCAUGCCAGGUGUGUAGCACAUGGAUUGGUAGUGGCGUAGUCAGUGACUUGAAUGACCUGCGGCGAGUCCACAACCUGCUUGUGUCAUCGCUGGACAAGGUGCAGGCUGGGAAGGGCUCGUCCAGUCAGCUGUACAGCGAGAGUGCCACCACAAUGGAGAAACUGGCCGUUCUAAAGGCCUGGGCUGAGGUGUAUGUAGUGGCAAUGAAGAUAAAAAAAGAAGCAGAGUCCAUGCCUGCUAAACCUGUCAAAAGUGGAGAUGAAGAUGAGGAUGAUGACGACCUGGGCGCUGAUGUUCUCCCUCCUGACAGUCUCAUCACCUUAGUGCAGCCAGAGCUGCCAUCGCUGAGUCGUCUGUGGCUGGCUAUGCUGCGAGACUACGCACUGCUCACGCUGCCUGCUGAGUUCUCCAGUCAGCUCCCACCCGAUGGUGGAGCAUUUUAUACUCCUGAGACGAUAGAUACGGCAAGGCUCCACUACCGCAGCUCCUGGGCUCCUGUCCUGCAUGCAGUGGCCCUCUGGCUGAACAGCACCGGGUUUGGAGUAGCUGAAGAUCAAGAGGAGGUCUCAUCAGCUCCCUCCAAGGCUCCUAGUCUCCCUCAGGGAGGCUCAUCCACAACCAAGACCUUUGAGGAAUCGGUCAAAGACAGGCUGCAUCUAAUGCUGGGCGUCAGUAUCGAGUUUCUCUGCUUCCCCCGACCAGAGGAGCCGAUUGAACAUGUGAUGUCCUGCCUGCACGCCCUGUGCACUCUGCUAGACUCCCCUUGUGCUAAGAAGUAUAUUGCAGAAGACCAGCUGCUGGCAGUGGAGCUCCUGAAUGUGCUCCACAGGCUGCUGUUGACCCGAGAUCCCUCUGCCGUCCAGCUCCAGGUCACUGCCGUUGUACAGGAGACGAUCGGGGCUGCACAAGACCAUCUGCAGCAACAGAGAGCCAAUAACAGCAAAGAGGAGGAGGGCGAGAAAGACUCUCAGCCCGACCUGGGAGAAGGGGGAGAAACGGGGGAGCUCGUCCCUGGCAAGUCUCUCGUUUACGCAGCCAUGGAGCUUCUCGUUUUCAUCCUGGUGCGCCACCUUCCUCAGCUCAACUCUCGUGUGAAGGAGUCGCCCAGCCACGCACCACUGAGGCCUCAGAAACUACCAGCAGAAAGUGCACGUCUGGUGGCAAACACAGUUUCCAUCCUGGCAGAGCUGCCUUCGCUGUCCUCUGCCGCUGGUGGCAUGACCAUCCUACCUACGGCGCUCUUCCUAAUCACUGGGGUUCUGAGGGAAACUGCAAUUAAGACUGCUGACAACUCUGUGCCUGCUCCUGUAUCAGCCGCCCUGCAAGGCAUCAAGACCAUCAUAACCUCGCCGAUGGGCCGCGUAGAGAGCAUUCAGACGCAGUGGACCAGCCUCGUGAGAAGCAGCCUGGCGUCUGUACUUGAGUAUUCACAGCCAGAUGAGUCCAGACCGGAUAUGGAUGAGGUCAGCAUGUUGACAGCCAUCACGCUCUUCCUGCUGUCAGCCAGUAAUGAACUUGUAGGAGUGAUUGUCCUGCAGAACGGCUGCAUGGACCGCUUCCGAAAUGCCCUCAACUCAAGUGAUCCCUGGGUUCAGGCCCGGUGUUACCAGUUGCUGAUGUCAGUGUUUCAACACUCCAGCCGGGCGCUCUCCACUCCUUACAUCCAUGCCUUGGCUCCGCUCAUGGUGGAGAAGCUGAAGGCGGUGGAGCGCAGCCGUCCGAGGACUGCUGCUGAACUGCAGGCUGUACAGGAGGGCAUCCGGGUCUUGGAGAGCCUGGUUGGCAUGGGAGAAGAGAAGAACCGAGUGCAGCUGCUGGCUCUUCUUGUACCAACUCUCAUCUCCUACCUUUUGGAUGAAAAUGCCAUCUCCUCAGCGCCCCAAGUCUCCAAAAACCUGCACGAUUUUGCCCUUCAGAACUUAAUGCGUAUUGGCCCCCUCUAUCCAGCUGCCUUCAAGAUAGUAAUUGGUGCAGCACCUGAGCUUAAAACCCGCCUGGAAUCUGCUAUACGGGCCAACCAGGCCAGCAGCAAAGCCAAAGCUGCAGCCAGGCUAGCUCAGCCAACUGUGCAGGCCGGGCCAACAAUUAAACUCAAGACAAGUUUCUUCUGAGCACAACAACAAAAAUGCACUCUACACUCUCAAGGCCGAGUUUUAUGUUGGAUUUUGGUUUGUCUUCUGUCAUCAUUGUCCUACUUGCCAUAUCUGUACCAAUUUCAGCAUAUUAAAUGUAUUUAUUUAUUUUACAGCUCACCUUUGUUUUAGUAGAUGAGUAUUUUCUUUGAAGUAUGAAAGGCAGUAGUGUAAAUAUUAAAGAAAAAACGACAAAACUUUGAAUGUUCACUUUAAAAUCUCAUAUUUUGAUUUGGUGAAUGUAUCGCAUACAAACUUGAUCUCACCCCCAAGUCAUUAACCCCACUUCUCAAAAUAUUAUUUUUCAGCGUAAUUUUCAUUUUGAUUUUGCAUCAUCUUAAGUGUGUCAGUCAUUGCUUUUUCUUUAUAAAUCAUGAUUAUGUUUCUUUAACGGAGAUACUUCAGUACGCAGCCUCAGUAAGACAUCUGUUGAUUUCCAGUGGUAGUGUUUUUGUUUUCAUUCAUGUUUUAUUUGAAUUUUUUUUGCUUUUAAUUAUAUUGUUAACAUUCCUAAUACAAACUGUAGAACAAAAGUAAGAAAUGAAUCCUGACAAUUAUAUUGAGCCCGCAAUAAGAUUUUAUCAGGACUAAUGAAAAAGGAAAAUACAUUGUAUCUGUCAGUCUAGUAUAACUGGGAAAAUGCUUCAUCCUGCAAUGUAUUAUAUUGAUUGCUUUCCUUACAAAUGCUUUUAAUCCCUAACUGUUUACUACGGUUAAUAAUGAGUCAUUACUCAUACAAUUACUUAGCCAUUUGUUUAAAUUUAUUAUUCCACUUACUUUUUCUUUUCUUUUGAAAUGGAAAUAAAUUUCUUUUAGCAUCGUAACAGUGUUUUUUGUUUUGUUUCCUGUUUUCUUUUUUUUAAUGUGAUCGAUUUCACAAGUUUGGCAACUUUUACAUGUGGUUUGCAGGGGGAAGAAAACAAAAACUGUGAUAUUUAUAACAUAUUAUGUAAUUGGUAUGGUUCAGUUGUGAGUGUUCUCUCUGCGCUACCAGAAUGAAGGGGUUUCUGUCUAAACAAGACAUGGAAAAACAUAUUCAUGCAUUCAUUUUCAGUAGGUUGGAUUAUUGCAAUGGCAUCUUUACGGGCCUUAACAAGAAAUCUAUCAGGCAGCUACAGCUGAUCCAGAACGCUGCCAAACACCCAUAUAAAGAUAAAAAGAUAAACAUUAAAAAUAAAGAUAAAAAUAGAAAUAAAAGGUAAAAAUAAAAGGGUGCAGUGUCAUAAGAGAAUUAUAUGGAUAGAAAAAGUGUCGUGUAAUAUUGCACAAGUUAUUGCAGUCCUGGUUAUUGCACAUUGCAAAUCAGGGUUAAAAACAUGACUGUUUACUGAAGCGUACUCUUA